AGGGCUGCCGUUGCCAGUGAGUCUGAGCCAAUCACAAAGUUCGAAACGACUGACGCACAUACGUCAUGUACUUGCAGGCCUACGUGACGCGCGAGUCGUGAAUCAACCUAUGGAAUCAACUGAUGUUGUGUCUAAAUGAACUCCCUACGUGAUUUCCCAAGAUUGUCACGCUGCGAAAUGUAUGAAGAAAUGUCAGUAGAAAGAAACUGGACGGACACCGAGACGAGGGCGCUGCUGUACAUCCGACAGGACGAAGACAUUAAUAGACAAAUCAGCGGAACGGUUCGCGACUCUCUUAUUUACGCUGAAAUAUCAAGGCUUCUCCGCGCGCAAGGGAUCCACAGAACCAAGCGGCAGGUCACCACCAAACUGAAAACACUCAAGCAGAAGUUCCUGAAAAUACACGAGCAUCACAAAAACAACGGCCACGGCAGAGUGUACUGGAAUUAUUAUGACCUCUGCAAGUCCAUCUGGGGCAGCAACCGCCCCGCAGACGCUUUAACACUUAAUAGAAACGUGAAGCUCGAAGAGCCGCAGAGUACGUCCAUCGACGACGCGCGGAAUGAGCGCAGAUCCACAGACAUCGAGGAGGUGUCUGUCAGUCACGACGAGGAGACGGAUGACAUGACAGACGUGGUCGCUCAACCUGUGAGGAAGAAGGCCAAAAAAUGUUCCGUUACCGACUCUGUGAGAGCUCAAGAACCUCUCCACAUGCAAAACCAGAGGGAGUACGAGGAACGAUUGCGAAGGGAAGCCAGAGAGGAACAGAAGGAGGACCGGACGAGUCUGAUGGCCAUGUGGAAGGAGAUGAUGGAGUUUCAAGGGAACCUCUUAAAGGAGUUCAUACACCGCCCAUCUCUGCCUUCACAUCCAUCUUACCACAGAUAUGCUCUUCACAACCAAGUACACUCUAGUUUUCCAAGCACUAGCUACAUGCCACCGUACGACUCUCCAGGAGCUGAAACUGAGAAUGAAAGUGCAAUCUCACAUGAAGAAGAAGAAGAAGAGGAGGAGGAGGAAGAGAAAUAUGUUAUUCCAGCUGAGAUUGUACCUGUUAACCGUGGAAACGACAGCCAAUCAAACACCGCAGAGACUGUUUCCCCCCCGCCUACCCAAUCAGCAGGAAAGAGCGAUCUGGAGAUGUCUGUGCUACGCAGACAGGAAAGAGUCUUACAGCUUCAGGAAGAGUACUAUUCACUCAAAAUCAACUAUCUGAAACACAAGAUGGCCAAGGAUCCAUGACGGCAUGCUAAAGAGGAGUCUUUCAAGAUGUGAAAACUUGCAAAUGUAGAUGUUCUCAGCUGAACUGUGGAAACUAUUUGUGUGUAUUUGUCUGCGCACCUCAUAUUCCUUGUGAAUCUUAUUACAUAUUUUGACCAGAAGAUGGCAAGGUGGUUACUUCAUAUUUCCUGCUGUCAUCAUUAGACAUGUGCAAGACAGAUUUCAUUUUUAUUGCAAUUUAGCAGUUGUCUUUGAGGCAAUAUUUAGCAAAAUUGUCUCCAUUUUCUCAACUAAAUGUUACUGGUCUUUAUUAUAAAUGGUUCAUUAGUUUAUUUAAAGCUGCAGUUGGUAACUUUUGACGCUCUAGCGGUUAAUAAACAGAACUGCUUGCGUCUUGCGGAAGAACAUCGUAGCCAGAACUACUUCUCUCUGUUUAUGUCAAUGAAGAAGUUACACUUCUGAUGUGGACUAUGUCUGUUACUAUUAUUUUUCAUUAAAUUAAUGAAAACCAGCGAGGAGUCAGAAAUGUAGUAUUCAAAAUACUAAAUCAAAAGCAAAAGUCUUUUCAAAGAAUUGUUUAAAGCAGGGGAUUCCCAAACUCUUUUGUCAGUCGAACCCCCUUUGAACUAAAAUAUUUUCUUGAGAUUUUAAUUUAUUUUAAGAUUGUUUGUUCACAGUUCUGUGAUGUCAGUUAGUGGUCACAGUGCAUGCAGGUAAACAAAUAACAUAUAUAUAUAUAUAUAUUUUUUUUUUUUUUUUUUUUUUUUUUUUUAAGGUAUCUUAUUUAAUUUGUUUAAUAAAUAUUGGCUUUACAUUAUCUCACAACCCUCUGCAGUUAUUUUGCGUUUAAAGGAACAGUUCAUCUGAAUACAAAAAAAAAAAAAAGACAAAUCUGUUGUUCUGAACCCUUAUGCUGUUAUUUGUUCUGUAAACCGCUCUUCCAACUUCUGUCAAGCUUUAAAAGGGACCAAAAGCACACAAGUCCUUUGGAAUAUUUUGUGUUCCCUUAUGUCUGUCAAACUCUAAAAAGGCCUUUUCUGAGCUUGACAGCCCCGGAUCACUGUGAACUGUCAGUGUGUGGCAAGAGCUGUGAAACAGUUCUUCCAAAAUGUCUACAUCGGUGUUUCACAGAAAAUAAAAAAAAGCAUACAGGUUUGGAAUAACGUGUAAAUAAUGACAGAAUUUCCAUUCUAUGGGUUAUGCUAUAGCUCCAAAAGUUCCAGCUAUAUAGUUUUUUUUUAUCCUUUAGUGUUCUUUUCUGUUUAUCACUCUCUUUCUCUUGUAUUUCCACUUCCAUCUCUGUUGUUCCCAGUCUCCGUCCUGCUAUUACUUCUCACAUGAAGACAUUAUUUAUACGACAGAUGUGUUUUUUGUUCAGUGUUUUUGUUUUAAAAUAAUGUGUGAUGCCAAAUUGGCUGGGGUUUUCACUUUCUUCCUUGUUGAUUGAUCAUCUUUUGUGAUGAAAGUGUAUAGAUCUGAACAUGAAGGUAAAAAAAAAAAAAAAAAAAAAACUGGGUUUCCAAUUAUAAGGAAUGUUUUGGAUAAAUCAAAAUAUAGAGCUUAUAUCUAUAACAUGCUGUUGAUUAUAUAAACAAAUAUACAUUAAAUAAAAUGUAUUUGGAGCAGAUGCUUUUAUUCAAAGCAACUUAUAUUGCAUUUAAUCAUGCAUUUAAUAAAAAUGCACAUUUUAUCAAGUUAAUGCGAAGAAUUGAACCGAUGAUCUCCGUUGUUGAUGCUCGCUCUACUGUUUGGGUUAUAGGAAUGGAGCUAAUCAUUCUGAAUUGUCCUUAAAUUUGUAAAAACAAGCUACAGUUGGUCAGUAAUGCAUUACCAGUAGUAUAUACAGUAUAUAUGUUUAAAGAAUUAAUGUAAGUACUUUAAAAACUAAAAUAUGAGCUGCAUAUUUCAUCCUUUUGUGCCCAAAAAAAGUUUAUUUAUCAGCAUCUGUGGUUCCUUGAAGAACUUUUUGCAUCCAUGGAACCUUUGCAUUGCACAAAAGGAAAAAGGUUCUUUAGAUUUUUAAAUUGUCCUUUACACUAUGAAAAAAAGAGGUUCUUUUAAUAACUGUUCACUGAAAUGUUCUUGGGGAACCCGAAAAUAGUUUUCUGGAAUCACUGUUAAAAGCCCUUUGGAAGCUUUAUUUGUAAGAGUGCACCGGUUUAUUCACUCCAUAAUAUACAUAAAUUGUAAAUAUGCUGUAGACUUUUUCCUUUAACAGAUGAGAUGACAUUUGUCUGUGGUAAUCAAUGAAAUGCCACAAAUGGCAUUCACAGAUAAGUUUUAUUGAACUUUUACAAUUGAAAGUCUGUUGGAAGCAUUACGUCUGCAGCAGAAAGCACAUAUUGUAUCCUUAAAGUAUUUGUCAGGGCUUCAUAAAACACAGCAUAUCCAAGGGGCUUUUUUUGAUAAAGCCAAAUGUUCUAUGAAGUGACACCCCUGUGAAAGCAGAAAGUAAUUAAUAAAUAACUGGAAUAAAUAUAUAAGAACCUCACAA